AUGCGUGCUCUGCAGUACUCAGAGCCCAAUCUUCACAAGAUCGUGGAGGUCCCGUGCCUGGAAUCUGCGCGAACGACGUUCUGGUACAAAAGGAUCCACCGAAUUCGCGGGACAGCGGACUGA